GUUGUGAGAGGAGGUGACUGAAGCAGGUGAGGGGCGAGAGAGAGAGAGAGAGAGAGAGAGAGAGGGGGAAUACUCGGUUAUACUUUUCUGCACUACAACACACAGACACACACAUAGCCUACUGUGUGGGAGUACGACAGACUCGGGAGCCUCAGCAAAGCGGCUGUUGUUCACACGCUGUGCUCUUUUCCUCCCCCUGGCACCGUGCGCACUCGCCAAGCCGCACUGUUUGGAGAUAGUCCGCGCGGAAAGUUUUUUGGAGCAUACUGUCUGGAGCCGAUUAAUUGUGGCAUCUGUUUUUUUUUUCUGCCAGGCGGAUGACUUACUUUUUUGCAUGUGAGGACUUUUAAAUCGAGCUGAGGAAUUGUCAAAGUCAUUUUUUGCACAGAAUGGAAGGUAAAUUGACAAGUCGUUUGUGGCGAGGAUCACCGUGUGGAUCUUUCCGCAGGUAGAACGCGCUAUGACCUGAGCGUGUCAGCAGCUGGAUUUAAUGUGCAUCACAUUAUGUUUUUGAUUUGACAUAGUCUAGUUAUAUUGUGAGAGAGUUUUUUUUCAUUAUUUGGAAAGCGACUAUAAAAGUAAGCCGUUUUCAAUUAGAAGAGAAUCGACAAAGUACAUCCGACGUUUCCGUCAGUGGUAUUUUGGGUUACCGUAGAUGGUUGCAUUUCUUGAUAGUUACCGCAAAGUCACGUACUGAUUCGAUAAAGGAACUGGUCAUUUUCUUACACUGUCUUUGCACAUUUCAUACAUCCCACUGCUUCCUACAAGCCCUCCAAGCGGGCCGGCGCACGGAGCGCAUUCACAGAUCGUUGGGUGUCCGUGUUCAUCCAAACACCAAACCUAAAGAACUCUUAGCUUUGGCGUUCCGCUUUCUUCACCCCAUCCAAACACUUUCCAAGAAAUCCGGAUAAAACGACGAGACUUGUCUUCACUGCAGCGGAAAAGGACAUCUUAAAUCCACCUGGCCUGCUCUUGGAUUAUUGGUUUUAUAUCGUCUGCUGAAAGUGGAUUACAACUUCUAACAGGCUGUGCUCCCCGAUCAGCGGCAGUAUGAACCUGGGGCUGGGCUGUGUGAGUCGGCCGGUUUGCUGGCCCAUCGGCAGCGUGUUGGACUCCAGACACUGUGUCUUUGCCCUCACACUCCUCACACUCCUCAUGCAGGUGGUGGUGGAAGCCAACUCAUGGUGGUCUCUGGCCAUGAACCCUUUACUGAUCCCGGAGGCCUACAUCAUCGGUGCCCAGCCUCUGUGCAGCCAGCUGGUGGGCCUGUCGCAGGGCCAAAAGAAGCUGUGCCAGCUCUACCAGGACCACAUGCAGUACAUCGGUGAAGGUGCCAAAACAGGCAUCAGAGAGUGCCAGUACCAGUUCAGACAUCGGCGCUGGAACUGCAGCACGGUGGACAACUCCUCGGUUUUUGGAAGGGUCAUGCAAAUAGGCAGCCGAGAAACGGCAUUCACGUAUGCCAUCAGCGCAGCAGGGGUGGUGAAUGCGGUGAGCCGUGCCUGCAGAGAGGGCGAGCUCUCCAGCUGUGGGUGCAGCCGUGCAGCUCGCCCCAAAGACCUGCCACGUGACUGGCUGUGGGGCGGCUGCGGAGACAACCUCAACUAUGGCUACAGGUUCUCCAAAGAAUUUGUGGACGCACGUGAGAGGGAGAAGAGCUACCCCAAAGGCUCGUAUGAGAGCGCCCGACUGAUGAUGAAUAUUCACAAUAAUGAGGCUGGAAGGAGGACGGUGUCAGACCUUGCCAAUGUGUCCUGCAAGUGCCACGGGGUAUCAGGCUCCUGCAGCCUGAAAACUUGCUGGCUGCAGCUGGCUGACUUCCGCAAGGUGGGCGAUGCACUGAAGGAAAAGUAUGAUAGUGCUGCUUCCAUGAAGCUCAACACACGUGGAAAGCUGGUGCAGAUGCACAGCAAGUUCAACGCUCCCACAAGCCACGACCUGGUGUACAUUGAGCCCAGUCCAGACUACUGCCUGAAGAACCAAAGCACAGGCUCCCUGGGCACAGUGGGGCGCCUUUGCAACAAGACCUCGGAGGGCAUGGAUGGGUGUGAGCUGAUGUGCUGUGGCCGCGGUUACGACCAGUACAAGGCCCAGAUCGUGGAGCGCUGCCACUGCAAGUUCCACUGGUGCUGCUACGUCAAGUGCAAGCGCUGCACCAAAAUCGUAGACCAAUUCGUCUGCAAGUGAGAAGAGGAGUGUUGCCUGUGUGUGUUUGCUUGCAGACGAUGGGCAUACAUCUGUGUGUAUCCGUGAGCAGAAGAGCAAAGGAGUUGAACACAGAGAGAGAAUAGAAGAAAGAAACUAUAUAAAUUAUAUUUAUAGAGUUAAACAAUUAUGCCAUUGCAAAAAGACAAAAUCUUUUUUUAAACAAAAAAAAAUCUGUCUUCAGAAACUGAGAAUUUUGUGAAAUAUUUAUUUUGAGAUUAUGUUUUAUUUUGCCCCCCUGCAUCAUCAGCCUAUUUUAACCCAUUCAAGUGCCUAAAACUGGCUGGAAAUCUCCCGCACACUUUUUUUAAUAUCAGAAAACACAAUUUUUCUUGUCAAAUGGGUCACACUGAUUGCGAAAUUGGACGUGCUUCUGAUUUUCUUAAGAAGACUAGUGUUUGAUAUUUGUGACAUAGUUGACUAGGAGGUCUUGGUUAGUUGUCUGAGAAUGAGUGUGUUGAGAAAAUGCCUGUGUCCUGUGGUGUAUGGAUGUGUUUUCAUGGACCCAGUCCCAAACCAGCCUUUACAUCCUAACCAAGGUCUACUCGUCCCCUCUCACCACAUGUAGAAUAAGGAACGCUGUUGGUUCGUACGAGUCCUUGGAGUACAUGGGGUACAAAAAGAGGGCUAUUUGGGGAUUGGGCCAUUUAUUAAGCUGUCCCAGAAGCCUUAGAGUUCCCCAGGUGCUGCAACAAGCCCUCCACCAUUAUGCACUUUGAUACAAAGGCUUAAACCUGUCUGUGCGUGUCUGUUCAGCUGUCUUUUUUUUUUAACUACAGUGCAUCAGCAAAUAUAUCAAUAUUAUAGCCUUCAUUCUUUUCCAUAUUAAUUCAGAUUAUCCAUUUAACAUUAUUCUACAAUACUUAAUAUGGUUUGAAUAUAUAUGGGCAAUGUUGUGGUUACAGUGGUGAAAUAUUCCAUGUUCUGUGUAUAUAGUAUGUCUAGCCAACCAAUCAGUAAACUAUAUUUAUUUUUCUUUUAACCAGAUCCUUUCCUAAGCUUAAAACAGAAAAGCAUCAUCUCCAUCAUAGAUCAAUAUUUAGUUGGACAUCCUCAAGUUUUGAAGUCACUUUUUAAAAUUGUGUUCUCACUAAUGCGGCUCUUCACUGUUUUUGUAAAGGGAAAUGCACCUUAUUGUCUCAAAACACAAAUUUUUUAUCACUAAUGUUCAGAUUUACUGUUAUACAAACACACACACACACACACACACACACACACACACAGACGUGUGUAUAUGCUAUAUAUCACAGAUGUUGAGAUUUUAACAUCACCACACAUUUCCAGUACCACUCAGUUAACUGCUCACUAUCCCUGUGAUGAUUCUUAAUAGACAAAACUGUUUCUACCAAUCCAAAUAUGUAUAUUUAUAAGCUUCUCCAUGAAUUUGAGGUUUGUUACAGUUAAUGUAAUGUGCUAUAGCUGAUAUUUUGUUACUUUUUACAAUUUGGCUCAAUGCUCUACUUUGUUUCAAUAAAUAUCAAAUGUAAAACCAGCAGAAAAGUA